CUUGACAUUUCAGUGACAACACAUACGUCGAAAAUGGCUGACUCUGGGCCUAAUAAAAGUGAUAUUGAAGCGAUUUUUCAAAGAUUACGUGCAAUACCAGCAAAUAAAGUAUGUUUCGAUUGCAAUGCCAAGAAUCCUACGUGGUCAUCGGUGACUUACGGAGUGUUCAUAUGUUUGGAUUGCUCUGCUGUCCAUCGUGGUCUUGGAGUUCACAUCACCUUCGUCCGGUCCACACAACUUGACACCAACUGGACAUGGAAACAGCUCAGAAAUAUGCAACUUGGCGGAAAUGUGAAUGCGACGCAGUUCUUCCGCACCCACGGGCUGGUGACGGAGGAUGCGCGCCAGAAGUACAGCUCGCGGGUGGCUCAGAUGUACCGGGAUAAACUAAACGCCCUCUCUGAGCAAGCUAUGAAGACUUACGGGGUUAAGCUGCACCUGGAUCCUGCCCCAGCAGAGGUGAAGGAGACCAAAGAACGUGAGGUAGACUGGUUCUCAGAGCACGGCGACCUCACCUCACCCACUGACACUGCCUCUAACCAGCUUGCUCCCACGCAGGAGGGUAAGGGCGAGGAGAUCAGCUCGGAGGCGCGACUGUGGGGCGCGCCGCCCCCCGGAGCGCCCGGAGCGCCCGCCGCCACCGCGGCCCGGCGCGCACCCAACAAGCGGCCCGGGUUGGGAGCUCGAAAAGGAUUAGGCGCAACCAAAGUAGCAACAAAUUUCGAGGACAUCGAGCGAGAGGCUAUCAUGGCGGAAAAGUUAAAAAUGGAGGCAGCGGCUCCGGGUCCCGGGUCCGGGUCAGGGUCGGGCGCCACCCUGGAGGCCGUGGAGCGCGAGGUGUCGCUGAUGAGGCUGCAGUACCAGCACCAGCACCACCACCAGCACCAGCACCCCAGCUCCGACAGGCUGGGCAUGGCGGCUGGCAGCCCGCCUGCCCCGCGCCAAGUGGGGGUAGCACAUUCAGCAGCGGCCGCCAUGACCAGCAUCGAGCAGGAGGGCGCCCCCAACAACACCAACAACAACAACAACAACAACGACAACGACAACGAAGACCGCGACCACGACGACUUCAACUCUGUCUUCACUAUGAUCAGGAACGAGCCGUACGGGUGUCGCGGCGACGUGGCCAGCAGUAGACUAUCAUCUUCGUGGGAGAACAUCGAACCUGAACCCUCUAAACCCAUACACUCCAUGUUUUCUUCCCCCACCCCCACGCCAGCCGCUACGGUCUCCCCUUCCACGGGGACGGGUCAGAGGUCUCGCGGCAGACGAACUGAAACCAACACUGAUGAUUCAGCAGUGAAGAAGUUUGGCUCGGCCAAGGCCAUCAGCUCGGCACAGUUCUUCGGAGAACAGGACCGCAGCCUGGAUUCCCCGGAUUCGAACCUGUCGCGUUUCUCCGGCAGCAGCAGCAUCUCCUCAGCGGAGUACUUCGGCACCGGCAGCGGGCAGCAAAGGCCUAACAAUGCUGCUUCGUUUGCCGUCUCCGCGCCAGACCUUGAUGAGGUCCGCGAGUCUGUCCGUGCCGGCGUGACCAGAGUGGCAGGCCGACUCUCCUCGCUGGCCAAUGGCGUGGUCUCCUCGCUGCAGGAGCGUUAUGGAUACUGAACCCAUCACCGCAUCUCUCAUUCUACGUGCUACAACCACUACACCAUAUUGGAACCUUGUAACUUGACAUUUAUUCCAAAAAAACAUUUUUUUGAAAACCCUCAUUAUUGACAGAAAAAUAACAAUAGCUUUGCACUCUGAAAUAUAUAAUGCGAUUCAACUAAGAAUAGGAUCGACGGGGCGCCAUAUUGUGACGUCGUAGCUGUCAAUUCAAACGAAAAAGGUAGAGUGAGCAAAAAAGAUUUUAUUUAAUAAAAGUUAUUUACUAAGAUUAAGUGAGAGAAAACAUCCGAUUUUUUAAUAAAAUUGAUUUACUAAAAUUGAGAAAAGAAUAUUUAUUUAUUAAGACUGUGCGAGUAAAAACAUUAAUCAGAAUUAAGCUCUUCAAUUCCGCUCAUCUCGGCAUUACCGCCGGAGUAGUUAUGAAUAAUCAUGCACUAUUACUAGGUCAAAUACGAACAUGCAUCUUAUAUGUAAACCAAAGUUUUAAAUCGAGUUUCUGAACGCAACUUGGUGACAUUUGGUUGACGAUUUAGGUUAUCAACCAUUCAUAGCCAAAGCUCAAUAAAUGAAAAUAAAAUAUCAACCGAUAUUAAUUGACAAUAUUUGUUAUUGUUUGUUUACAAAUGUUUGGUUUUUAUUCUAUAAUUAGCUGAGUGCUAAAAAAGGGUUCAAAGAUUUUUUUGCAAGCCGUACUUUUCAAGCGACAUUUGACAGAUGGAGGUCAUUGGCUUUCCUAUUCUUAUUUGAAUCGCAUUACAACUAACUUCUCUAAAGACAAUAAAAGAUAAAAUGAUAUUCAAUUGAACUUUGUAAACACCUUUCGUGUACCAAAAUAUGGCAAAAGUUUAUUUUUUUUUUAUAAGCAUAUUUUUAUUUUUUAUCUUCUAAAAAUAGUAAUAAAUUUUCAAUACAGAAUAAUGGUAAGCCGCAUCUUUUAGGCGCUGGCUGAGCUAAAGCUGUCAAGGUGCAUCACUAUAUAUUUUUUUCUAUUUCUUUUUGAACUGUUACUGAUAGUAAAAAGAUUCUUCUUGUCUCCUUGCGCUCAUGAUUACACAGAAUGGAGGGACCAUCUUUAAUCGUCCGUAAUGCCGGCACUUUAAUUGGUUAUUCGUUUUUGCUAUUUGUAAACUUGAUAUCGGUUUGUCGCUUUCAUUCCAUAUAAAGCAUAAUAAGGUCAGACUUUUGUCAACUUUACAAAUACAGUGACAUAGUGAUGAAAGGGCCAAAGUACGUUUUUGUUUAAAAUCAAAUUGUGAAGUAAAUUUAUUGAAAAAGUAUUAUAUUUUCUUUUGCCUUAAUUUAUCAACAACUUUUUCAAUAAACUGGCAUUACAAUUUGACUUCGAACAAAAACGUACUUUUAGCACUUGGCCACAGAAUAGCGAACACGAAUAGUCAAGUGAAGUCCCGCCAUAAGUUAUAUUUCGCAAUUGAAUAAAAUUACCUAUAUAGUGUACAUUUUGAGCUUACGACGACAAUGGUAAUGUUUCGGCAAAUAUUGAACAAAUAUGAAACUACACUCGCCAAGUUACUAUAGAUUAAUUGUUUGUAACUAAUCUAUUGUAAUAUAAUCAAGUGAAGAAUCUUUUAUUAUGUCUGUAUGACGUGAUGAAAUAAUUACUAAAUCACUAUGCAAAUUGAUAACAUAAACUUGAUAUCCUCAAAGAACCUUUUCUUAAAAUAACUUUGAUGUAUUUAUUUCAAUAAAUACAUAAUACAGGCUGUUACAAAAAUACAAAUAAAGCUUGAAGGGCGUUGAAGUACAUCAUUUAAGGAGUCUUCUCCAAUUUUCUUAAAAUAUUUGCAUGAAGUUUUAACUUUUUAUAAAAACCGUUAUUUUAAUGGAUUAAUAAAAAUAUCGAUCAUUUUAAGACACGUCACUAGUUCGAGGAUCAUUAAAAAUAACUGUUUCUAAAAAGGUUAAAACUUCAUGCAAAUAUUUUAAGAAAAUUAGAGAAGACUCCUUAUAUGAUGUACUUCAACGCCCUUCAAGCUUUAUUUGUAUUUUAGUAACAUCCUGUAUAUCCACAGCUGUUAAGGGGCUAAGAUUCUAGAGCGGGCUUCAGUAGUAUUUGUUCCAUAGUGCACACGUUUUCGCCCCAUGAUCUAAUAUUUGAUUCAUUUUAUGAAAUCUUAUUUUUUUAUAUUAUUACUUUGUAAUCUUGUUGACUAGAGCUGCUGUUAGUUCGUCUAUUGCUUUUGAUUGAAAAUUCUCCACUGUUUGUUUGAUUUUUUUCAGUUUUUAGCUUUUAGUAAUUUCAGAAAUAAGUGUUUGUAAGUAUUGUAUAUAAAAGGUUCUGUUCGAUAUCGACCGAACAGAACUAUUUGGAAAAUUUAGUAGAAAAUGAUAGAUUAUGUAUUAUUGUCAGGGGAAUACAUUCAAGAGCGAUAGAUAGACUAGCCGAAUUGACGGUCCACGAUCGCCGAUGUUUGUUAGCGAAUAAUAAUAUAAUUGUAGACGUAAUGUUUCCUUAUACAUUGUCCUGGCAACACUGCAGCCGGACGUUCGAACGCUACGGAGCUUUACCGAAUAUUUAUAUAAAAUAUAAUAUCUAGAAUAUGUGUAAUGCCAUUCAACUAAGAAUAGGACCGACUGGGGGCCAUAUUGUGAUGUCAUAGCUGUCAAUUCAAACCAAAUAGGUAGAGUGAGCAAAAAAAAGUUUUUAUUUAAUAAAACUUAAGUCGAGAAAAAGCAUCAGAUUUUUUUAAUAACAUUUAUUUACUGAGAUUGAGAAAAGAAAACCACCGAUUUUUAAUAAAAUUUAUUUAUUAAGACUGUGAGAAAAAUCAUUAAUCAGAAUCUAGCUCUUCUAUUCCGCUCAUCUCUGCAUUACCGCCGGAGUAGUCAUGAAUAAUCAUGCACUAUUACUAGGUCACAUACGAACAUGCAUCCUUUAUGUAAACGUAAGUUUGAAAUCGAGUUUCUGAACGCAACUUAAAGUGACAUUUGAUUGACGAUUUAGGUUAUCAACCAUUCAUGGCCAAAGCUCAAUAAGUGAAAAAAGAUUAUCAACCGAUAUCAAUUAUCAAUAUUUGUUAUUGUUUGUUCACAAAUGUUUGGUUUUUAUCCUUGAAUUAGCGGAGUGCUAAAAAAGGGUUCCAAAUUUUUUUUUGCAAACCGUACUUUUCAAGCGACAUUUGACAGAUAGAGGUCAUUGGCUUUCCUAUUCUUAUGAUUUUAUUUAUUUUUUAAGCAUUUAACUGCUAGAUGUUUAAAUCUAAAGAAAAGUUUACUAGAAAAAAAUCCACGCGGACCAAGCAGCGGACGGGACUCGAACCCGCAUCCUUCGCUAUCCGGGCGAAUGCACUGACCAUUAUGCUACCACGGCCCUAUUAGCCGCGUCGAAAUUUUCCUAGCCUUAAGCUGCAAGGCAGCGCCAUCUCUUCG